AUGUUAGCCACUGGCGACUGGGUCGGCAAUCCGCCGGCUGUGGAGGCCCAGGACGGCUUCUAUGGCACCAGCAACCUUCUGUCGGCGCGUAUGGACCACUCCGCGCGGACAUACGACACAGAUGGAGUAGGUCCGUUGCAUGGCCUAAGCGGCCGUGCGCCGAAGGGCGACGCGUCUAACUCCGUCUUGGAGCGCUACAGCGGGGCGCUGGACAUGCUGCGCAACCAGCUGUGGUGCGCUCCGGCUAGCGGCAACGUGUCGUUCGAGGAAUGUCCGGACGAGGAGAAGAGCUCCGAGGUCGACGAGCCGAGUAGUUCCAGUGACUCGUCGCAUGUCAUCAAGGUCGAGCGUGAUCUGUGUUCACAGAGCUCCGUGUUUCUGAAGCGCCUGCUGCUUCGCGCGGACCGGGUGCCAGCGUCAGUGAUCGACGGCGUGCUUUCGGAUAAGCGCGUUGUGCGCCGCCUGCGCAAACUGAACAGCACCUUGACGUUCGGCAAGCAAUUAUAUAUGCCCGAAGAUGAACUGGACCCUGAAGUAAUGCGUGCAGUUGAUACUGCGUGCACUCUUUUCAAUGGCAGCUGCGUGCCCGCGGUGAUGUGGCCAUGCACGGACCGGAACAUAGACCAUAACGAGCGCGUGACCAUCACGAACUCAGCCGUGUUCGAGGCUCUCCAGAUACACCGCCUGCUGAAACACAACCGAACUACCUAUGUGGAAUGGGGACGUAGCGCCACUUCUGGCCAUGAGGAGGGUGGCCCACUACCGAUAGACGUGAUCGACUCUGCUGUGAUACGUGAGAUGUCUGACACGAUUUUGGACGAGCUGUCAUCGACUCUGUGGUGUAUAGGGUUCAUGGCUCUGCACGCGCGUUCCUCCAAUGAUGAUAAAUUACGUACGCACGCGUCUACUAUCCUGUCGGAUCCCAAGGACCUGACGUCGAGGCUGUGGAAGUACUACCUCGCUUUCUCCGAUCAUGUCAAAACAAGGUGCGCCCACCUGAAAGAUAUCAACAAAACGUUGAAUGACAAGUUGAGUGGGCGUUUGAUCGUUGAGGUGCAUCGCGUAUUGACCCUCCAGUGCGCCAUCGUGAAGGCCCUGCUGGACAUCCACAUGGGUACCCGCAGCAUGAGCAUAUCGGAGUACGAGCGUUAUGAAGCGCAUUAUGGGAGACGAGGCUUCAGCGGUGCGUUUUCUGCCGCCCGCACCGUGAUUGGCGCUGACGAAUGCGCCAGUUCGCCGCUGCUGAUGCACGCAGUGCACGAGCUACAGUCCCUCGGGUCGUUGUUGCUGAGCAGUUUCUUUUUGUAUGACGCGUUUGGCGAAGCUAAAGACGAAGUUACAAAAAGAGAUUUCCUGGUAGACACCACGGAUUUAAUGCGCAAACAGCUGACGGUUUCCGGGAGAGGCCUGUCGAAUAACAAAUCCUCUGCAGUACUGGUCUUCGCUUACGCCUGCUUCCUUAAGGAUCUGUCUGGAAACCAGGCUUCUCGCAACGUCGACGCUUCAUUUGCGAGUGACGUCGCCGUCCACCUUGAUACGUACAGCGAAAGCUUGGAAUGGAUCGCUCUAUCGCGGGAUAUGCUUAGCGUGUCUGGUUCUACUGGUGUGGCGACUUCCCCGUGUCGCAUGGUGCUGUUGGAGUCAAUUUCGCGCAUUAUUGACAGUUUUGGAAUUGACAAACUUCCUCAUCUGGAUCGCAUUAUAUUUUCCAUUUGCCGGAUCGUUAAAGGUGAUGAGUCCGUCUCAGACCGCGGGUACCGAACAACCAAGCUGUCCAUUUUGGAACGUGUGAGUACUUAUCUGAUGUCACACUUCCCUUUCGGUCUGAACGCACUGUUCCAGCUGCUGGCAGCGUGCUUGCCGCAUUGCACGGAGUCUCACGACGAUUCAUACAUGGAUGUGGAUAGUGACUGCGGUACCAUGGAGCUAAUUGUCCAAUAUUUGCUGAAGCCAUUCGACACGAUCACCUUAAGUCCGUUGAUCGCACCCCUCGAAUAUAAGCCGGAUACAAGCGAAUUCGAGUUGAGCGGCGACGUUUAUAUCGUCAUCCAACUGUUACACAUGCUGGGUUUUGACAAGCAGGUCUUGUUUAAGCGGUGGUUCAAUUGGGGCAUGGGCAGCUGCCUGUAUUAUCUGCGUUCAGGCAGCAUCGGCAAGCGUGUCUCGCUGAACAAUCUAAGGCAUCUUUCCACGAAGCAGAACGCACUGUUAAAUGAACACGAGGACUCAUGGGUGGUCGACGCCGGCAUGCAGAACAUUGCUCUCGACAGCUCUAUUGGCGCCUUUUGGAUUCAGGACGCCCAAAUGCCGAAGCCGUACGAUGCAGCUGCAUCUUUGCGCGGUUGUCGCUUUGAACUUGAAAAUUCCAUGUGCGUCACGUGCCACACCACCACCGGUAAGCAGUCCGCGCAACAGCCGGAGCCCACACUGCACUUCACGCUGUUGCGUGCCAUCUGGACCGUAUGGCGGGGUUCUAUUCUAUAUAUGUCUAAUAUGAACUGCGAUUUACCGGAUCACGCACUUCGGACGUUCGUGGAGUGUAACUCUCUGUUGGCCAGGCUGCUAUCCAAGUUCCCACGGCUGACAUCUUUGAUAGAGGAUCACAUCCUAUCAAGCCUUCAUAUGCGCGACGCUUCGAGCCAAUUCCCCUUCGGGCCGUGCAGCCUCAUUUUCCACUACACGUUGCUGUUCGUGCUGUGUCUGAAGCGCCGCCAGCUGCGCAUCAUGCUGCCCGAGGUCAUCGAAGCACUACGUGGCUUCCUCAUUCCGGCAUACGUUGUGCCAGUGGGUGACAAUGCCACCGAGGUCGAGUUCAGCCGAUACUGGAUAUUUUUGGAAUCCUUCGAGUUCUGCUGCCAGGGUACGGCCGAGGAGGGCGAUACAUCCGUGUUUUCACUGAUGGAUCGGAUAAUGCAGGAAGAGGAGCGCCCGAUUCGCAACUAUCCCGUGACUCGUGGCGUGUUGAUGUUCUUCAAAGAGCUGCUGGAGCAGUGCCCUCCUGAGUUGUGGAUGUUGAGUGGCUGGCAUCAUGGCAUGCUGAACAUGUCGCACACUUCGUUGGACAUGGAGUCGAACAACGUGACACAUGGUUUGGGGCUAUCGUAUCUGUCCUCCCUGAAACGCUACGUGGAUGCGAAUGCACACAAAUCUCGCGAGCUAUACAACCCGUUCCAGACCAAGUUGCUUUGCGAGUUCUUCGCUUUUGUGUUGAAAGGCGUGUCUCCCAGUAUUGCGGAUUCGGAGUUUGCCGACAGCGGCGAGCGGCUAGACCUAUUGUGCACUAUCGCGGAUAUCGUCGAACUCAUCUGCCGCAUCUUCCGUGUGCACAACUACGACAACUCCAAGUCUGUGUUUGGCGAUGCGGCAACCGAAGCUGCCGAUGACUCUUGGCUCCAGGGCCUCAAAGAACUGAUAAAUCGCUGCCUGUUGACACUGUCUGGAUCAAAUUAUAUCAUGGAGGUCAUUGCCGUGUUGACAUGCCAGCUUGACGUUUUGGCCUACCACCAGAGGGGCAGCGGCUCGCUCGUUAUGGUGAAUGCCCUCACGUUCAGCGAGGUGAGUUUGGACUUCUUCACCGUCCGUAAGGACAUCAAGAGUCGCACGGCUCUGCACAUCUCGUCUUCCGCCGCUCCGGAUAGCGGGUAUGCGUCGUGUUAUCAGUCCUUAUGCAGUUUCCGUUGGCUUUGCCAGCAGGAGCCGAUUAGCCCAUUGGGCAUGUCCAAACGGCUUAUUAGCUCAUCACUGAGGCUCCUACGUGACCUGUAUGCGGCAGCCUUGCCUCGUAACCGUAACCCUCUGUUCGCUACAUUGGCGGACAGUUUGGGUUCGAAUUAUUUCGUGAAGUGCCGCAACGAGAUUGAUCAGCGCCGCAGAUAUUUGCAUUCGUCGGAUAACCUGAUUGACUCGAACGACCCCGUGGUUUAUUAUGCGUCGAGGCAACUUGAACUGCUGUGCGUGAGCCUGCCACAAACGUCCGUAGUGCAGUCGCUAAUAGCGCACACGUACAGCAGCACCACCGUAGCCGCGGCCACCGACAUUAUAUCGCUCUACCUGCUAUUGCACGAACAGUACAAGCUCGAUAGCGGCGCAUUCGUGGGAUCGUUUGCGACCAACAACCGGAUCUUACUGCAGCAGUUGGGGCAGAUGCGAGGAAAUUACGACGUGAUAGCUUUGAGCAGUAAGGACGAAGCCUGCUUCUAUGAGCACCUGGUAUGCGUGUUUUUGGACCCCGCCACGAGCAGCUUUGACACUCGCUUGUCGAUCAUGCAGUACAUUUUGGUUGCGCUUAGCACCUGCAGUGGUAUGGAGAUGCUGUUGAACAACAACGGCCUGGACGUCGCAGCGCUCGUGGACUUUGUGGACUCAGUCUUACGCUACCACGUGCUGCACGGCCGACCUCACAACCUGGGUGACGUGACCGUUGCCCAGUAUGCGUUGUUGAUUUUCGCGCGACUGGUAGAGCUGUCCAAGGGAGCACACCAAGCCUAUUGUUGGAAGUCCGUGACGCUGUCACUACGCGUCUUGAUUGAUCUCUGGCGUUCGUUCGACUCGAAUCUAUUCGUUGACCCCGAUGUGGCACUCAAUCAGCAGGGCGUAGUUCCGCGGAGCACCAUGGUGAAGGAGCUGUGGUUCGACCAGGUGUCACCUGACAUGUAUGUGGACAUGGUGGACUCCCUCUUGGAGCGACGUCUGGGCCUGCUGCGCAUAAUGGGCUCUGUCUAUGCUAUAUUGGAUUCUCUGAAUGUUCAGCUACAGGCUUCCAAGUCCAGCGGCAGCGAUCUUCCCGAUGACCUUUUGCGUCUGCUUUCAUUCGUCUCCACCAAUUGGGAUUUCAUGGACACGUUGUUACCCAUUAUCGUGUAUGACUCGGGAUUCGUGGACACGUACGUGAAGAACGACGUGACGGAGAAGAACCUGCGGCAGUACUACCGCCUUGGUUUGUGGCUUGGUGAGGACUGUAUGUUGCCACUGUCCCGCUGCUUGCACUAUCUGCAUGACAUGAACGUGCCGCCUCACUUGCUUCUGAUGAGUGGCGAUUCCCCGAGCGAGAUCAAACCGUUGGAUAUCCAGUCGCUGCUACGUUCAGUGGUAUCGCAAAAGUUGGCGCGUACAAAAUCGAAUGUCGCUGAGAAAAUAUCGCGGCACGAUUUUGUCGUCGACAUGUUCCGUCCCCUGCUCAGCGAUAUAGUGGGCCCUCCGGAGGCAAAUGGUUUCGAUAACACCCGUUCGGAGAGCAACCCACAAGAGGCCGAAUCCACGACCAGCGAAUCAGUGCACCCCGACUAUUCGUUCUACAGUUUCGGCACUUCGGGUGAAUUCGGCCACCGCUACAUGAUGGACGUGGAGAUGUUCCGCCACUUCUGCAUGGUGCUGCUGACCUCGGCCGACGACCAGGUGAACGUGCUACUGUCUCGUGGUAUGGCCAGCGUUCGCAGCUGUGUCGAGAUGGUGCCCUAUGUCGAUUCGCUAAACGAGUUAAAGGUGAGAUUAUUGCGCCAGCUGUGCCACGUAGUGGUCAACUUCCGUUCGUUUGGCAACGGCCUGGCUUCACGUAUGGAUACGUUGUUACGCGACGACGUAUCGGCGUGUGAGAAGGACUCCCUGCGCACGCUGAAGACCCCGAUGCCACCGUUUGAAAUGUUCGCUUUUAAUGGUGCCAUGCUACUCCAGCUGGUGCUUACCCGCCCAGAUUGCCUGUCUGAGCACCCUGUCUACGUGGGUCUGCUAAUCGAGUUUUUGCGCCUGCUUUUCGAGAAAAGCUUCAGCCUUCCACGUCUGGAGAGCAGCUUCGUCAGCUACUACGAGUGCUGCAGAUCUGCGGACGCCUCCGAUGGCGGCUUCGUCGAUUACAUUGUGAGUCGCGACUUCGUGGGUAGUAGUGAUGCAGUGGGUGGAGAUGGUGAGACGGCCACGCUGGACAAGUCCGUACAAGACAUACCGGAUGAGGAUUCUAAUCAGGAAGAAGUGGGCCAGGACUUCCGUCUCUUCGCCGUAAAUGUGUUGGGUGGCCUGGUGGCACAGGUGGCCCGAUGCGUUGUGGAAUUCAGCGAAUGCUUCCACGACGUCCUGAAUGUGAACUUCAAAGCCCCAAACCACAGCAGAGGCUUCCUCAAGCUCCGAAAAGCGGCCUUGCAGUCGUGUUUGAUGUACCGCGGCAGGAGCACUCCGAAAGGCGACCCGACGAUGUCCCCGGGGGCAUUCUCCGAUGGAGAUUCGCAUGGUGCGGAUAGCCACGAUUGUGUCUGCACCAUUGCGACUGGCAAGGGCGUCGACACGGACAGCGUGAGCGUGUGGCUACAGUUCAAGAUGGCUUCGUUCUUCUCAUGGCUAUACAAAGCGCUGUCCCAUGCCACCAAGAGCGCUCACGAGCAGGAACCUCGAGGCGUCGAGGACGGCGUGAUGGAAGUGUACCAGCGCGUAACUAAGUACGCACUGAAAAGCAUUACCCAGAGCUGCCUCCGAAUGAUCGGUGACAUGCAAAAGGAAAACAUCCGCCUGCUGCAGUGUUUCGUUGGCAAUGGAUACGGGAUCUUGCAAACCGGUGAGCUUGAGGCUGCAUACGUGUUUAUCAUGGGCCCUUACGUCUCCAUGCUAGCUCUAGAGUCGAUCAUAUGCACUGAUUACAAUGCGUCAUUCCUGCAUGGCAAGGGAUACGUGCAUUUGGUCGAGCUGGCUGAGGCCUUGACACAGCUACCCUACACCACGUCGGCCUGCCUAUCAAAUCAGAGCAUCAGCACGGGCGAUUUGGUUAAUCCAAUGAUGGUGAUGAAGCGUGACAAGCAGAUCAUGGCCGACAACCUGCGCCUUAACACUCGCCAGACGUUCGAAUACGACAAUCGCAACAUGCUGCGUGCAGUGCUGCACAAGCUUAUGGAACGUGUGAAUGUCAUGAUGAUGCACGGCAUACCCUGCAAGGCGUUUGUGUCUCGUUUCGCUGCCUCUCAACUAUUCCAGCGGCUGUACGUGUACUCGUUUUUGUGCAACUUCGUGCAACCCCUUGACAACGUGAACCCGAAGAAGAUGCUGGCCAGAUUCUCCGACCACGUUGUGGACAGCUCAAAGGGCAACUGCGUGGAAGUGAUCGAGAACAGUGUGACUAUGUGGUACCCGUCGUAUCAAGGUUACCGCACCGGUGUCGCGGUUCGAUGCCCAUACCACCUGCUGCAUUGCGGCCUAUUGCGGUUUGUGGUCGACAUGUGCUCCAUCCACGAUGUGGGCGGUGUAAUGGACGCCGUGCACAUGGACAGCGGUUCUAGUGUGCAGACACUGAUUUUGGACGUGCUCCACCUGCUGCGUUCGCGCAUGAGGCACAUGAUGGCCACCGACAGGCUGACGCUGGCACACCUCGAAGAAUCUCACAUGCUUUUUGCGGUGUUACGCCAUGUGCCUAACCGCCACCUGCUGUCAGAAAAUGAUGCAACGCUGGUCAACGAGCUGCUUCGGUACUCGGCGCGCUUCUUUUCCACGUUGAUGCAGGCGUUCCAGAACGGCCUGGACAAAUUGGCCGACAUGAUCCCCGGAUCCAGUGCUGCCGAAUUACCGACCGAGCCGCAGCAGCCGCCCAAAGCGCACAUAUCGCAGGCAGCCGCCCCAACUGUUGAGACGGGCCACCGUGAAAAGCAACGUGGGCCAUACCAGCAGAGGUGCCUCUACCUCGCUUUAAAGACCGCCGAAUCGUUCGCGACGUUCCUACUUAACCUGGAGAUCACAGUUGGCGUCGAUUCGGAAUCACCUCCCCUCAUGGAACAUUUCGUGAAGACUGCGGACCCUCACCGGAUUCGUCGCAUGUGCGGCGUGGACAACAAGGUGUUCCAGGCAGUGCUGCAGUCCGCCGGCGUUGACAACCUAAAAUCGCGCCCUGGCGACCACCAGUCGCCAUGCAGGCCACAUGAGGUUACGUUCGAACACAUGGUCGAUGCCAUGGGCUGUUGUGUGGAGCUGUGCGCGUGGUCGUUGCGCGUCUGCAAGGAGUUGCGUAGCGCCAGCAAGUCGCCAUUCUUAGUUGGAGUAAGGCACCCAGAGAGCACGGAUGUAAGCGUGCCUCUAAGUAUAUCUGUGAAUUGCCGAGGAGAAUCUACCAAAACGUCAAUUGAAGGCGUACACUGCUCCGUGUACCGGGAGUCAUCCGCCUCACCGCCGGACCACGUCGACGUGGCGCCCGUCGCAGUGCCCGUCACCGAAUUCCAAUCUCUGGUGGAAUGCGUGAUCGAGAAGACCUCGCUCUACUGCGCUAGGGCUGUGAACACCGCCUUCCUGCAGAACCAGCUGUACCAGCAUAACGAGCGUGGCAGUCGGAUGUCUGAUGCAGCAUCAUUUGCGCCAAUAGGCAUGCAUUCCGGCGUUAACCACACGGAAUCCUACGGAACCAAACGUCACAGAGUGCCUGGACCAAUCCACUCUACGGUGACGCUGCUGCACAACGCCCUCGCUGAUGUGGCUGCCAACACAUGCUGCCUUUCUGCGUCAACAUCCGAGUUUUGCGCAGUGCUCUCCCGCCUCGUGGAGCGCCGUGUUUCGCAAUCCAAGGCGUUGUCCGAAGCCUUCGGAGACACCUUCGCUUUGAUGACUGCGGAAUUUGAGGCGCACAGCGCCGGAUUCCCCGAGGAAUCUACGCUGUUGCGUCUUUUCGACGACUUCAUGGACCCCGUUCCUCUGGUCCAAUUCGUCGGAGCCGCAGUCAACGAGCGCUACAAAUACGUCGAGGCGGUGCUCUCCCGUCAUAAGGUCCCUUACGGCGUUGUGGACGCUGCGGCGUAUGCAGCGAUGCUGCGCUGGAUGUGGUCGCGUUUCGUGCGACGGCUGGUGGCUGGAUGCUGCGUCGCAUACCCCAAAGAGGCACCACGUUACGGGAAGCUGAAGAACUUCGAGGUGCGUACCUGCUCGGACUUCAUGUACAUAUUGCACUCUCUGGUCGUAACGCCGACUAACCCCGUGCCCGGGAAAGACGACAUCAGCUUCGUAGUGGUCGUGAAGGACUACCACGAGCUGCUAGCCCACGAGCCCACUCUGCUGAAUACGCUGGUACGCCUCCAGGAGAAGCUAAGGCGGUUGCCUAUCACGAAGGGCUAUAUCCGCAACAAGGUAUCGGUAUUGUUUAUGGGUCCUCGCCCCAUGCCCCCUGAGGUGACGAAGGGUGAUAUCGCCAUCCCCCUCGUGCGUGUGCGGCUGAUCGACCCUGACGGUAUUGAGGAUCUGCUGCGGUCGGUCAACUACAAAUUCGCGCUCAAGAGGGCGCGUCAGAUGUUGCCGGGUUUUAGUGAGGGCACGAUUGCCUACCUAUGGGAUGGGUUCGUGCACUACUUCGUGGAUGUGGUCUACACGUGGUACAAGUCGGAGUUAACGUCGAUGGAGUUCUACUGCCGGCUGCUGUGGUCCAACUUCUUGACCCCCCUGAGAGGGGCCCUGGAGCCCGAUGAGGAGCAGCUGGGGGAGUGCCUGCAACAGCUAUGCAAGAGCAUCGACGAGCAACUGCGCAAGGUUAUCGUGCACCAAAGGAGCAGGUUCAUCACCGAGCUGCACGACAUCAAUGUGUCCAACAUGAGACUCCUGCGCACGCAGUUGUACAAGUUCCACGGGAGCCGGCUGAUGAAGUACCUGCUUCUCGGGGCCAUUAUUUCCGCGUUCACUACCCCAGAGAAGAUGCGCCGCCGCGUACGUCGUAAGAAAGGUCGUUCGACUGUGGACGACGUGGCACUGUGGCGCCGCCAUCGCAAGUUCGACAUCUGGUCGUGGCUCGCCAACACCGAGUGGGCCAUGUCGUCUAAUGAGUCUGAGGAAAUUAACAUGGACCCCGUCUUCUUCACCGAGAUUACCAAGGAACUUGUGGCCUCCAUCAUCAGCGACUUGAACAUCGACAUGGACCAGUUCCUCCUCUGA